CGGUUUGACUGUGUCGACCCAUCGCCAAGCGGCUUUUUCGAGCUGCAGACGAGGAGCCAUUCUACAAAUAAAAAAAAAUCAAGGCGUGAAAGCAGGCGUGCGCGUGACAUGGUUGACUCAAGCCUCGCGGUGGGGAUGGGGGUGAAUGGCGCUGUUUGGGCACUACGGCCCCUCCUUUUAACCCAGGACUUUGGGGCUGUUGUCAUGGAAACGGCAGAGACGCAUAGAUUGUACCCGGAGACAUCAAAGGCGCAAAAGUCGCGAUGAUAAAGAAGGAUUUGCUUAGAGACAUUUUAAGUAUUACAGUCAAAUUUUCACUGGCUACCUUCAAUAAUAAAAGGCUUUCUUAAACGGUCCACUUGUUAAACGUCCCUUGUGUGAAUCAAAACGAUUCUUUCUUUUUUUUUUUUUUCUUUUUUUUUUUUUUUUUACUUCAAAUGACAUUGAUGCCAAUCCGUCGGAUUUAGUUAAAACGCCUUUGGAGGAGCAUUCAAAACUUAGCGGACUGUGCGCUGCUUUAGGAAAGUGGUUGCGCUUUGUAGGAUGGCCAGAGUGCGCGACGAGAAACGUGUCCGGCGCCUGUCAAAAUGGCUUGUUCUUCUCAGCAUAAUGGCACUCCAGACUAACGCCAUCGAGACAGUGAACAUGGUGGACUUCUGUGGCCAGAUGGUCCAGGGAGAUGGCAUGAUCAUCCGGUCCCACAAGGAGUCACGCAAGUACUACUUUGUCACCAUGGGAACUGACUGCCACCUCACGAUGCAGUCUGCCACACCCCGAGAUAAGGUGCAGUUCUACUUCCGUUACUUCCUGGUCUACAGCCUGCUGCGAGUGUCUCCGUUCAGUCCCGUACCCCUCGUCCCUGAGUCCGCCAGGGGCCCCCUCCUGUCAGGACCCACCCGGCCUGAGAUGCGCAUGGAGCCCACGCCAGGGGAGGGUCAGGGGGACCCCUGCCACGCCGGCUCCUACAUACAAUUCUAUGAUGGCCGGGAUAAGACGGCGCCCCCUAUUGGUCCACCGCUGUGUGGAAAGAGCCUGCCGCGUCCAGUACUUUCAACUGGUAACUAUCUGACCCUACGACUUGUGACCAGAGGUACUCAACCCCGUGUGGACUUCGUAGGGGACUUCACCUCUUUUAGGCUGGGGUUUAAUCAGUCAGAAUGCAGGGGUGAGCCUUACUUCAGCUGCCGUAACGGGAAGUGCAUUCCCAUGAGUCUGGUCUGCAGUGAUGACAAAGGAAUUGAUAACUGUGGUGAUGGCACUGACCUGCGAGACUUCCCAGGAUGCAUUAGUGUGUUGUCCACAGCCAGUGCUCGUCAGCCCCAGGUGACUCCGCCCAUGCCCCUGCUGAACACGCCCACCCUGAGAGCAUCCACUCCAGAGAAAUGCAGUGGCCCAGAUGACAUACAUGAACUGGGCUCCAUCAGUGAGUCACAGUCGUACAUGUUCCUGCUGGCCCUCUACGUGGUGCUGGGUGUGGUUGCUGGGACUGCGCUGCUCUGCUGGUGCUGCUGGUCACCCGGCUGGUUCGUGUGGAGGGUCAGCGUGUGCCGUUUCAUGCCCUGCUGUAACUCCUGCUGGGCCUCCUGCCAGCUGUGUGGACGGAGCUGCUCACAGAGCAAAGAGCACCGCAUGGCCAAGGUCACGCCCCAGGGAGCCACGCCCACCGUGGCCCCCGCUACCACCGUGGCUGUAUAGACUACGACAGAACAGCGAAGUUGGACAGGCAAGAGUGAACGCUUCUUCUGGGACGAACUCUCAGAAAGAGGGUUAACUUUAAUGGCUGUAACGGUAGAGUGUGCAUAAUGUUAUAGGUGAAAAGUGCUCUUUGUCAGGGGGGGGUUGAAUAUUGUAUUUGGGUUUGUUAUAUGUUUUUUUUUCUAUUGCUUUUAUAUGAAAUCAAGUUCUCUGAUGCUACUUUUUGUGACUGAAACCCCUGUUCAUAACCAACUGUGACCAAACAGAAGAUCUGCUCAUGGACAAUGAAGAUGAUUUCUACACUUUUUCAAGUUAUCAUACCGAAUAAUAUUAUCAUACCGAAGAAAACACCGAUGGAGUAUUAAAUUCCAAGUUUUUUUAUGAACAACAGAUAUUCCUAAAAAAAAAAAAAAAAAAAAAGGAUUGCAUUUUUCCUUUGAGAAGGAGUAAGAUACUCACUGCAUGCAACAGGAAAAACAAGGCAAUAUAGAAAGAAAGGAGCAGAUCAACAUAUUUAGAUCCCAACAAAUCCAAACAAAUCCCAACAAUUCUGCUUCUGAGAAAAUAUUUGUAGACAAACAGUUUCAUUAUUCCCAGAGCUAUUGUCAAAGAUGCGUAUAUGUGGCAAUUAGUCUGGGGGUCUGCUCGGUGAAUAUCUCUGACACCAUCAGAAGCAUUUUUCUCACAGCUGUUGCUCAGAUACCAAGUCGUGUUCUACGUCUCUUUGUCUGUGCCCGUGAGUGUGUUGCAGAGCCCCACUGCAUCCUCUCAGUGUGGCGUUAGUUUGAACUCGUUUUAUUCCUCCACACAUUUGAUGUCUCUGUACUCCUAAGGGACGUGUUGGGUAUGUGUAAGUGCACUGUUGAAGGAUUUGGGUUGGGUAAAGACAAGAAUAGGGUCAUUGGGAGUAAGAGAGUUCAAUAUAAAAUAAUGUUUGUGGUUAACUUCAAAUAUAUUUCUAAGAUCAAUCAAAUGGCAUACCAAAAAUGUGAUAGGACAGCUUUUUUGGUGUUUGUUUGAGAUGAUUAUAUGAUACCAGUGUAGAUUAAUUCGUUAAAUGUUGUUGAUAUAAUAAAUGUGCUGAGGUAAACACA